AUGGCAACGAAUAUGCUUGCAUCGCAGUGCGAGGAUCCGCAGUUUAUUUUCACCAACUUUACUACUUUCGGCUCUUGCUACGAUGGCUAUCACCAAGCCCCGGGCAGUAACUAUACCAGCGUCGUGCAGACGUGUCUGAGGGACUACUGCAAGGAUAUGGACCCCGAUAUUGGCGGGUGCGUGGGCUUCAAUAACGGAUCGACGACGCUGAAUUUCACCGUCUAUACCCUGGAAAAUUGGGGCUACGAGUACUUCGCCAGCGAUGUGAGUAAGCCCCAUAUCCCCGAGUCGUCCAUGAUCUCUCCCCGCCAAUUGACGCUUCUCAGGUCUUCAUCUCCUACAUCAUGCAAAUCAUCGUCAUCGUCUACUUCUGGAUCCUCCUCCGCACCUUCCGCCUCUUUCCCCCGCCUGCUCACGUUCCUCCAGCGGCACCGCACAGGAUCCCGCGCCCGCCGCCCAGCCAACGGCAUCAUGGCACGCACGCGAGCCUUCCUAUCACUGCAUAACGUGGCGCUCAAGCACACGCUCGUCGAAUUCCAAGAAACGCAGUGCUUCUUCAUGAUCGCUUCUCAGGCCGCCAUCCUCAUGACGAAGACAUCCAACAAGGUCUUCGACGCGGUGACCCUGCAUCAACUCUGGGCCAAUAACGGCGUUGCGGGCAUGGUGUCGACCGCGGGCGUCUUCCCCAUCGUCCUGGGCAUGUGGAGUCUGGAGAAAAUGCACAGCACUCCACGGUGGAUCUUUGUGUUAUCGGUUGGCACGGUGAUUCUCGCCGAGGUCGCCAUGUCGUGGACUAUCCACGCGCCGACGAUCAAGCAGCUUGUGCCGAUUGAGAACCACACUUGGCCGGAGAGCUGCGGCCACCAUGUGCCGCCGCUGAUCUGGUGCGCAAGCCCAAGUUUCUACGAUGCUUACGGGCCUGUGGGCAUUUUCUAUCAUUUUUUGAACCCGUUCUGCUUGGCGGUGUUUGUCAUCACCUGCCUGGUCUAUCUUUGUCCGUGGGCAGGGUGGGUGGUGGUCCGCUUGUCGCUGAUGGAGACGCCCUUGGGCCGGCUGUUUCUGGCCCGGCCACAUCGACAAAUCAGACGGGUGAUGGACUCGAAAUGGGGCAGUCGCCUCUUCGUGCGGGUUGGGCCGAAGGUACUGACUGUUGCCGUGGAGAUAUUGUUGGUUGUCUGCACGUUCCUCGAUGUGGUUUGUUUCGCCUUUUUUUAUUACUAUGGCUUUAUUGAUUUUGGCUCCUGGUCCUUUGGCCAGAUUGUCGCGAUCACGAUCUGGUUUCCUGUCAUUAGCAAGUAUUGUUAUUGGACGUUUUUUGGCACCGAUUCGGGUUCUGGCAUGCGUGUUCCGAGGCCUCCUAAAAAUGUCCCCGGGGAAGUUCAAGAACCUGAGAGUGAGGUGGAGCUCUCGGGCUUGGAUCAAGAGACAUUGCCCUCCUCUUCCAAGGCGCUCACUGAGCAGCCCAAAGGCUAG